AUCACGAUCCCCGACACUGGCGCCACUGGCGACUUCUCCGGCGACCGCAGCCGCUUCAUCACAUUCCACGACAUCCCUCCCGAGCCUAUCAAGGCAGCCGACGGGCGAGCGCUCUAUGCGACCGGCAAGGGCGACAUGCUGGUACCGUUUCCGAUGGGCGAG